GGCACGCAGCGUGGCUGGCAGCCGGCCAGCCAACGUCUCUGCCUUCUGUGCCAUCAACCCAGCCUGGAAUUACCAGCGUUCCGGGCGCCCUCUCGAGCUGUGCGCACGCCCGAGAUCCAGACGACCGCUGAGAACCAAUGAAGCGUCGUCCCGAAUCUUUCAUGUUUAGUUUCCGCACACGUUCACGUAGCAAACAGCGAGGACUUUAGCUCGGUCUUAUGAUCUGCGGCAGAGUCGGCCAGCCGUGGCCGGGAUGGGGCAUUUGUCUGCCUCUUUGAACAUAUGACCUCAGCCAUCGCGAACUGCCUAAGUUAUCCUAAUUCACACGCGAACCACCAAUUUGUGACGCCUUCUCGCAACUGUAAAUAUCAUAGAGCAUUCAACGGGGACCAGCAUAUUCGCCAGGCACCCGAGCCCGUCGAUCCUCCGCAAACUCAAGCGCUGGGUUGUGCGUCGUUCCGGUAACGCCCUUCCUCACUGCAUGUCCGCACUGGAGCGCAGAGUUCGCUUUCACUGCGACAUCCCACAUACACAACGUACAGCCAGCUCCAAACCACAGACAACAAGCUGCCAUGAACCGGCUUUUCGGCGCCAAAAAUACGGCGCCUAAGCCCACGCUCUCGUCCGCGAUAAGCAACGUGGAGACGCGCAUCGAGACCAUCGAUGUCAAGUUAGCCAAACUCAACGCCGAGCUUUCUGCGUAUCAAUCCAAGCUGUCGAACAUGCGCGAUGGGCCAGGGAAAACAGCGAUAAAGCAGAAGGCGCUCAAGGUGUUGCAGCAGCGCAAGAUGUAUGAGUCUCAGCGAGACCAGUUGCAGCAGCAAAGCUGGAACAUGGAACAGGCGGGCAUGAUGCAGGACAACCUCAAGAACACGAUGACGACAGUAGACGCGAUGAAGACGACAACCAAGGAACUGAAGAAGCAGUAUGGAAAGGUGGACAUUGACAAGAUCGAGAGGUUACAGGACGAGAUGGCCGAUCUGAUGGAGAUAGGAAACGAGAUUCAAGAUGCCAUCAGCAGGAGUUAUGACGUACCUGAGGAGGUGGACGAGGCGGAGCUAGAUGCUGAGUUGGAAGCACUGGGCGAAGAAAUGGCAAUGGAGAUGCACAGCGAGUCAGAAAACCCGACUUGGCUUGCCAGUGAUCCGGAUAGAGUACCUAAUUUCAUCGACCAACAGCCAGAACCAGCCAACAGAGAGAAGGAGGCGGCGGCAGGGUGAUACGUGACAUCUUCGCUGACGCGCAGAAUGAAGAUAUUGUUAUGAACGUAUUCACAGUAGAAUGCAGAGAAUGUUUUGCAACAAAACAAGAAGGAAAUUUACACAAGGUAUCUUGCCUA